AUGGACAGGUCGCUCGCGACACUACUGAGGUCUCUGCAGACUUCAGACCAUCCAGAUGAUGCCGCCCGAUUACUCCCAGUGGCCACGGGCCUUCUCUCGCGCCUGUCGAAUCCCCUCAACAUCACGCUGUUGACAUCCCAGCUACUGUCGAAUGACGUGCUUUACCCAGUUCCAACAGAGGUGGCUCGGUGCCGGCAGAUAUUCAGCGUCUUUUAUACUGCGGUUCUGCGCUUGAUUGAAGAUAAACAUAGCCUGGCUCAGGAGCAUACCCGGAGCAAUCUCACAAUCACCGAAUGGACGACGGCUGUUGUGCACGGGGCCAAUGACAAAUCCCCUCGAUGGAGGCAUACAUUAUUGCUGGGGGCGCUGCUCCUGGCCUUCCACUCCAAAGACUUCGAAGGACUGGCUUCGGGGCUGAAGAAUAGACUCGAAGUUGCGCUGGUGGUUGCAUCAAACCUGGCCCUGCAAGAGAAGGAUGCUGAGCCUAAUUGCGAGCUGGCUGUCGUCUUUGUCUUAAACCAUACCUUCCCUCUCCUCUCCGACGCCCAGCGGCAACAGGUCGAUUAUGACCUGCUUCUGCCGGUAUUGAUUGAUGCGACAUUCUUCUCUCGGGAGGGUCUUGAGCACGGAUAUUGGCUAGGGGUCAUCGACUACGACGUCCGACCAUCUCCCGACCAGAAAUUCAAAUGGACAGUCACCUCCACGUCUUUCCGCAAAGUCACCGAGAUCAAAUCGAGAAACCUGGUAACUGCUCUUGGUGCUCUGUCGCGCUUGAUCGCUCAUAGCAUCGAGAACGUCCAUGACCGAUCUCACAUCAUCUAUUGCGUAAACCGACUGGCGGAGUUUUCACGCACUCUCGCCACGUCAUGGAGACAGAACAAGUUGUCCGAAGUCGAUAUCAAGGAACAGGCUCAAUGCUUGGACCAGGAAACUAUCAACAAGACCUUUCCCGUUCUCCUCCAGAUGCUCAGAGACACCAUGUUCUCCGUGGUCAUCAGCCUCCGGUCAGUUUUGGGGAGACUGCUCUGCGACAAUGUUCUAGCAUCCGACUCGAACUGCCCAGGCAUCGCGAUGCAAUCUUUGCACAUUUUGCGUGACACGUACUUCAUAGCGCACCGAUUUGGCCUCACAUCCUCCUCACAGUACGUAUUUGUCAACUUCACAGCCAUUGAUAUUCUGAGCCAGUACCCGCUACAAUCGGAAAAUUUCCUCGACUCUAUCCGACCAGCUGAUCUUGGUCGGAUUCCCCCUCACCCCCUCGACAGGCUGCAGGACCUCUUCUUCCUCAACACUGCCGAACACUUCACCUUGAUCCUGCCACCACAAACAAACCAAGGCCUCCUCUUUAGUGCGGCGGCACCGUAUGUUGAUCCACAAGGAGAUGCACGGUUGGCGGAGAUCUUUGAAGCUGCUCACAGUGUCGUGCUGGCCAUCCUUGCAGCACCUCAAAAUGCGGAGCUGGCAACGACAAUCGUUCCAUUCUAUGUCGAAACACUGUUACAGAGCUUUCCAAAGCCACUUUCACCACGUCAGUUCCGGCUAGCCAUCAAAUCUGUUGUUCGUAUCGCCGCGCCGCCCUCUGCCAUCGCUGUCGCUAUGCCUCUAACCCAAGCCGUCGUUCUUGAUCUGCUUAGGGAACGCAUGGAACAUGCGUCGGAAGAUUCACUUCCUCCCAACCCUGAUCUCCCCAUCGAGAACAGUCGACCUUUGUCCGAAAAGGCUGUUUUACUUCUUGCAAUAAUUGAUUGUUUGAGUUUUCUCCCUGUGCCAUUAUUGGAGGAAUAUCUCCCUUUAACUGCAGAGCUUCUGCACAAGGUCGGGAAUCCGAGCCAAAGGAAACAAUGCCAACAGCGAUUGUGGGACACGCUGAGCAAUGGCGAGAUGGACGUUGAGCGUGCUGCAACUUGCGUUGCUUGGUGGACUUCCCGGGGAGGUCGGGAGCACGUGCUGUACGGGGAGCAACCCGAAGACCAAGAUUUCACCAUGAGCGGUGCAUUGCCGUUCGAAAGCAAGCUGUGA